AUGAAGACCUGGAUCCUCCUUGUCGGGGCAGGAAUAGCCCUGGGCUACCUGUACACGGCCCCCGACUCCUGCAGGGGACGCUGCGAGGAGCCCUACAGCAAGGAAGACGAGUGCCACUGCAACGCCGAGUGCGAGAGGUACCACAACUGCUGCGAGGAUUACUACAGGCACUGCCGACCCGGUGAGCAUCCUCGGGUUGCAGUGGGUUUCUCCAGCAGCCGGGACGCCAUCGCUGACGAGGACCUCUUGCACAUCUCGGAGCAGCUUUACGAGGCAGAUCACAACAAAGCCCGGCCGACAGACAUCGCCAUUAACCCCCAGUACCAGGCCUCCCCCGAUGAGACGGGUGACCAGGAGGACCACUCCCCGCAGCCGCUUUACAAAUACGUCAAUGAGGCGCUCUUCUCCAAACCCACCUACGCAAGCUUCAUUAAACUGCUGGACAACUACCAGAGGGUGACUGGCAGGGAGGAGGACGUGACGGCGGAGGAGCUGAGGGAGCAGGACAACUUCCUCAAGGAGGUGAUGAAAACCGAGCUCAUGAAGAAACUCUUCGCCUUCCUCCACAAAAAAAACCGCUACGGCUCCGAGCAGGAGUUCGUCGCCGAUUUGAAGGAGAUGUGGUUCGGCCUCUACUCCAGAGGUGAUGGCGAGCAGGACUCCAGCGGCUUCGAGCACAUCUUCUCAGGAGAGGUGAAAAAAGGGAAAGUGUCUGGAUUUCACAACUGGAUUCGCUUCUACCUCCUUGAAAAGCAGGGCAUCGUCAACUACUUCAGCCACAACUUCAACGGGCCGUGGGACACCUACCCCGACGUGCUGGGGCUGCAGUUCAGCUGGGACGGCUUUUACAAGGAGGUGGGCUCUGCCUUCAUCGGCUGCAGCCCCGAGUUUGAGUUUGGCCUGUACACGUUGUGCUUCAUCGCGCGUCCGGGGAGGGCGUAA